GCCGGCGGAGAUUGGCGGAAGGAACCGGUACUUACACUCCUCUCCCCUACGUUGGUGCGUGGGGAAGCAAGGCUGGGGCGCGGCGGAGACGCAACUCGUGAUUGGCGGGUGUUCUUUCCCUAGGGCUCUAGCUAUUGGUGGCUGGCCGACUGCGCGGCGCUGAUUGGACAGCAGCUGUAGGCUAGAGGGAGGGCCCUGCGUUGAUCCCGCCCCGCCGCUUGGACUGACUGGCGGAAGGGGAAGCGGGGGGGGCAGGCGGCGGUGGGGAAGAUGGCGUACCAGAGCCUCCGGCUGGAGUACCUGCAGAUCCCACCAGUUAGCCGCGCCUACACCACCGCCUGCGUCCUCACCACCGCCGCUGUGCAGUUGGAAUUGAUCACACCUUUUCAAUUGUACUUCAAUCCUGAAUUAAUCUUUAAACACUUUCAAAUAUGGAGGCUAAUCACCAAUUUCUUAUUUUUUGGGCCAGUUGGAUUCAAUUUUUUAUUUAACAUGAUUUUUCUAUAUCGUUACUGUCGAAUGCUAGAAGAAGGCUCUUUCCGAGGUCGGACAGCAGACUUUGUAUUUAUGUUCCUUUUUGGUGGAUUCUUAAUGACUCUUUUUGGUUUGUUUGUGAGCUUAGUAUUCUUGGGCCAGGCCUUUACAAUAAUGCUCGUCUACGUGUGGAGCCGAAGAAACCCAUAUGUCCGCAUGAACUUCUUCGGCCUUCUCAAUUUCCAGGCCCCCUUUCUACCCUGGGUGCUCAUGGGCUUUUCCUUGUUGUUGGGGAACUCAAUCAUUGUGGACCUCUUGGGUAUUGCAGUUGGACACAUAUAUUUUUUCUUGGAAGAUGUAUUUCCCAAUCAGCCUGGUGGAAUAAGAAUUCUGAAAACACCAUCUAUUUUGAAGGCUAUUUUUGAUACACCAGAUGAGGAUCCAAACUACAAUCCACUACCUGAAGAGCGGCCGGGAGGCUUCGCCUGGGGAGAGGGCCAGCGCCUUGGCGGUUAAAGUGGCAGUGCCAAUAACGAGACCCCGCUGGGGAGGACUUGGUGACACACCCAUUGGGAUUCUUUUAUCCUUUGUAUUGCAAAAGUGUGGACACUUUUGACAGCUUGACGGAUUUUAACUCCAGAAGCACUUUAUGAAAUGGUACACUGAUUAAUCCAGAAGACAUUUCCAACAGUUUGGCCAGUGGUUCCUCACUACACUGGUACUGAAAGGGUAGUCGCUUGGAGCCAAAAAACUGGAGAAACAGACACCCUGCCACCUCUAACGAACAAGUACAUGAGUACUUGAGUUCUGUGGGAUAGGCAGAGCUUUCUCCUCCUCUUCUUUGGUAGAUGAGGCCAUGGUGUAAAUGGAAGUUUCAGAGAGGACAAAAUAAAACUGAAUUCCAUCUCUCUCUCACUGAAUUAAAGCUUUUGUGUGUGAUCUUUUAAAUUAUGAUACUGUAUUCUAGCUCUCCUGCAUAGGUCUGAGCUCAGAGCAGUUUACUAUGCCCGCUCUUCCUGUGUCUUCACAGCUUUUGACUGGAUUUCAUUUCACCAUUGGAAGUAUGUGGCUGUAUACACAUCUGACUAAUUCAGAAUGCCAGCUCCAGUAGGAAGAAGAUUUAGUUCUGUUGUCUAGGUAGUUUGUUCUCUGUCUGGGUUUUGCAGAACUUCAAGUUGUCAUAUAGUGUGG